CGUGGCAGUAGUCUCAGUGUUGUGGUGAAGCUUUAAGGCGUGUGUCGUGGCCUGGUGCUCUACCUAAUCAAAACAAUAACCAGUCUGGGAAGGUACAAAGUUUCAGCUCCCGAAUUGCAGUGUAUGUGUAUUUGUAUUAGGUGUAAACGGAUGUUUUACGUAUGAAAUGUGCAUUUAAAAGACACCUAUAACUAAUGUGGUAUGGUAAUGUUCCUCCAUUGCCUGGAUGAAAGAGGCGUACAAAGUGUAUACGUCUAGCAAACUCUUUAUCUAGAGAACCUGUCAAGGUUUAUAAAUAAUCAUGAUAUGGUAAACAUUCUCAAUGUAUAUGCUUGUGCAGUCAGCUAGAUAUCAAUCUGUCAAGGAGUCUAAUGGAAAUUGGCCUCUAAUGGCAUUUUUGGGCAGUAUUCUUGUCUUGCCUCGACAUGCUGAUUGUCAGUUAGUACGUCUACUCAGUUUAUUAAUUUGCUGAACCAAUGCGAUUAUAUAUAUGGUUUUAAUGGACUAAACAAAGCACCUAAAGGAAGUGUCAAAUAUAAUAUAAGAAAAAACAAUCUUCCAUGUGUGUGUAUCUGGAAUGAACUGUUUAUCAAAGAGGAGUUUUACAGUGCUUAAGUACAGUACUGUUUACUGUUAAGUGCUUUGAGUACUUCCUCUGUUUGAUGCUACACUUCUGAGCACCACUUCUUGUCUUCAACUGUCAUAAAGCUUAACUGUCAAGAUGGUUUUGUUUGAGCGAACAAUGAGUGAGUCCUCGGAUGACAUAGACAUCCGACCUCUGGAGUUAGGCGACAUCAGGAGGAGGUUGGAGGAGAGACCAGAAGCAGAACAGAGGGGAAUAAGCCAGCGUGAUGAAGACUGCCAGUCACUACCAGAAAAUGGUGGCAACCGAUUCUUCUCAGCUGUGUUUCAAAUGAGUCUCAAGAAAAAAAAUGAGAAACCGGUUGACGGAAAGUUGAAGGCUAAAAUGGCUUGGAGAAAUGCAGUGAUGAAGGCUCGAGCUCUUGGGGACCCAUGGGAGAAGUUCCAUCUGAACGAAUACAAGACAGAGAAGGCCAAACGUCAUCGGUACAAUGCUAUGCGACAGAGCUGGGUGGUUGAUGAAGUUAUGAUGAAGAUGGAGGACCACUCCUUCAACCAUGGAGCUAUGAGGGAGUGUUUCCGCAUGAAGAAACUCAGUAACUUCUCAAAGGAUGACUGGGUGCGUGCACACAACUAUGUGGCCAAACGCUACAUGGAUGAGGAAACUCCCAGGGAAACAUACUUUGAUGAUGUUAAACUGCAGAUGGAUGCCAAGUUGUGGGGAGAAGAAUACAACAGACACAACCCACCGAAGAAGGUAGACAUAUUCCAAAUGGCUGUCAUUGAAAUGGUGGAGAGAGAUGGAAGCCCCUUGUUUCAUCUUGAACACUUCAUUGAAGGUCAUUAUGUCAAGUACAAUUCCAACUCUGGUUUUGUGCGCUCAGAGGCUAUUCGCAUGACACCUCAGGCAUUCUCCCAUUUCACCUUUGAGAAGUCUGGACAUAAACUAAUUGUAGUGGACAUCCAGGGUGUUGGUGAUUUAUACACAGAUCCACAGAUUCAUACUAGCCAUGGUGACGACUAUGGUGAUGGUAACUUGGGAACUCGUGGAAUGGCAUUGUUCCUGCACUCUCACCUGUGUAACUCCAUUUGUCACAGCCUCAGCCUUACGCCAUUUGACUUGGCUCCUUCUGAGAAUGAAGUUAUCAACAAGAAUGUUGCCAAUCUCCAGGUGUCAUGUAAAACAGUGGUACGUGGAACUGAGGAAAUAGUUAUCACACCAACAAAGGAAGAGAAGGAACACAUUCUGGAUUACAUCCGUAUGCGCUCCAUUUCUUCAGGAUACCAUUCUGGUGAUGAUAAACCAAGGAUCAAGCUUACCUCUAUCAGCUCUCUUGAUUCUCAGGAAAGUGAUGACGUACCCAUGAUGUCAGAGAGCGAAGAUUCUUUAAUUGAUUCUGCACGCCAAGAAAACAGACGUCGAUGUUUAUCAUACAACUCCAGAAUACGCUUUGACUCGAUAUCGGAUUCUGGCACUGACACUGAAACCAGAGAAAGGGAACUAUUUCAGUUCAAGGACAUGGUGCAGAGGAAGGCUCGCCCAUCCCAUGUGCUUGGAGAGAUGGAACAUCGAAAGCAACUUGAACUCUUGGAGGAAAAUAGAAGCAAAACUGGAGGUUCUGUUUUGGGACAGAUACAUUUGGAUCUGGCAAAAUAUCAUGAAUUGAAUAGGUUUGUAAAAGAAUCGGAGACAUAUGAUAGAGAGGCUGCUGUUUUUCAUGUGGAUCAAGCAGCCAAGUGUGGCAUCCUGGAAGGCAUCAAAACUAUGGCAUACCUCCACCUUGGUUUAUCACAUGAUAUUCUCCCAGAUGUUGAGUUGGGCGUUAACAAGAGUGACAAAGAAAUAGGGUUUGACUACAUGCUGAUGGCUGCAGAAGCUAAGGAUCGUGUUGCCAUGAUUUACAUCUCUAAGGCAUUUGAGACUGGCAUUGGACUUCCUCCUUCAAGGACAAUUGACUGGAAUAAGGCUGUAUACUGGCUUGAUAGGGUAGUAAACACUGACACAGAAGAUGAAGAAGGUAACUUUGAUGGUACAAUGGAUGACCCACUGUACCAGCUGGUGGCUAAACAAGCAGCCAUGUAUUUGACUGGUGGCAAGGGCCUUGACAAGGAUCCAGAUAAAUCAGGUGAAUUGUUUAGUUGGGCAGCAGAAUUGGCAACAAAAGCCAUGAAGGGUAAACUGGCCUCCAAAUAUUAUAUGCUGGCUGAGGAGGCUUGGGCAGAAUGUGAGGAAUAAUAAAGAUAAAUUUCCUGAUUAUAUAUUGUAUACUAGGUGCUAAGAAGGGUGUUGUGAUAAUUGGGAGUGCAAAUUAUACAGUAUCAGGUUGAAUACAUACUGUACUUAUUAUUUUUUUCACUUAUUGUAGAUCCAUAAAAAGGUUGGUAACUUAUACUGUAUUAUGGUAACUAAAUACAGUACAUAAUCAUAUUUGAUGAAAAGUACUUAUGUACUGUACCUGUUUUGCAGGAAAACUUUUGGGAAUGAGUCUGUGGUAUAGAAAAAAUAAAGGCUCUUAACCUGAAAAAUAGGUGUUACUACUCUAUAAAUAUUUUGGCAUUUGCUUCAGAAAAGCUUUUAAAGAAAAUUUGGCACUAAAUGUUAGACAAUAGUAACAGUAGUAGCAAUACAGAAGAGAAAAGUGCAAAAGGGAACAAAGAAAAUUAAUGAUAAGAGUAACCUUACUGUGAGGGUCACAGAAUUAUUUCAACAUCAUGCACCAAGCAGAAUUAAGAUAAUGAAUAUAAUUGUAAAACCAAAAUUAUAAGCCGUGUACAGUGUAUUGAUUAUUGGAGUGUCAAGAGUGAAGUGUAUUUUAAUCACAACAGAUUAAGAGAAGUGGUUGGAAAAAUUUGUUGGUAUGGAGAGGUUUGAAAUCAAACACAAUAAAGAAGGUGUUCGAGUUGAUGUAAUAAAUAGGAGAAUAUAUGAAGGAAUGUUGGGAGGUUUUAAGGUAAUUAAGUUUAUUGGGUUUGCUGAUUUUUAAUACUACCCUGUAUAUAUAAGGCAGAGGUGGGUGUAAAUACAUUUUCCAGGAAAUUUUACCUUAAUAAUUUGCAUUUUUCUUUACCAUAAAUUUGUUUAUAAUAUCUUUACUUUUCUUGGCGAGUGUGUCAAUGUGAAUUAGAUCUACAGCAAUCUCAUAUUUUUACUGCUCACAAGUUAAUGUUAGAUUAAUUCCCAAUGUUGUUUUCACUUUCUUACACAUUUUUCUUAUGUACAGUACUAAUUUACUUGAGCAUUAAUUCAUGUCAUCUCCUGCUAGAUGUGAAAACCCUUGUAUAUGUGUUUAUCUCACAAUAUUCCCAUUAAGAAUUAGUAUAUAGUGGAGACAACCUUACAUAAUUAGUCACUAGUAAACCUCAACUAUUUUAAUUGUUAUUAAUCACAAUAGUACUUCCACAUUGUUCUGAAAACUGCCAUAUGGUAAUGCGGCUCUACUGUGAAAAUAACAAUUCUGAAAAAUCGAAAUACAGUGCGUUUGAGCAUGGUCUUGCAUAUAAUCUUGUAUUUCAAGCUUUUGUAAUGUGGCUAACAGCUGCAACUAUUCCCUUUGAAGUAAAGUUUGAGAUUUUA